AUGCUAGGACCCAGAGUAGAGAAGGAGGUGGUCCGAGAGCCACUUUCUGACGACAUUACCAAGAGACGAAUUGAUGACAUUUCGGGUGACAUAGAAGCAACAUUGGUAGAGAAAUUACAAGUAGCUGGAAAAUUUGCAUUUCAAGUUGGUGAAUCAACAGACAUCAUCGGAAGCUGUGCACAACACAUAGCCAUUGCAUGCUUUGUUGAUGAGGGACGCAUUGAAGAUCAUUAUCUUUUCGGCAAAGAACCGCGUACAGAUGAAUAUCUGAACAGUAAAGGGAUCCAGUGGCAAAAUUGCACAAGUGUUUCCACCGAAGGAGCUGCUGCAAUGACAGGACCUAUCAUAGGGUUCCUGUCGAAUCAAUGUCCGAAUGACUUGUUUGAGAUGAUAGAGAGGUUGACUUCCAGUCGAUUGAAUGAUCAACGUUGUGUCCUACCUUCUUACACCCCUAAUCAGAGUCCUGAUGCCAAGCAAAAAAUGAAGAAUGAAAACGACUUUCUGCAAGAUGUGUUGAAGAAGCCUGGUCCCUAUUCUCUGGUAGUGCUGCCUCCUGGUGGUGGAUACUGGCUGGAUGGAACUCAGCACAGCACUCUUCUGGACCCCCACGGCAAUGCCGUACUCCCUGGGUUCGACUUUCAACAGAAGAUCGAAAGGGAUGAGACGGCCUUGCUGUACAGAACAUAUUUCUUCGCAAAGGAACAUUUCAACUUUCUCUCAAUGGACGAGAGCUCUGGUCCGCUGGUCAUGUCUUUGAGGGUGGACCCUUUACCUUCUCCUAGUCAAGAACAAGUCAGGGUUCUCAUUAGAACCAAAGAUGGACUUUUACAUGAUGUAUUCCUUGUAGAUCCGAUGACAGCUCAUACUCUUAAUCCUGCACAAAUUGCCAAGAUAAUGUGCGGAGAAGCUGUUGUUGAUCGAUUUACUCCAAUUCUCUUUCCUCGAGCUUCUGAAAUGCUUAUGGCAUAUGAUGAACACAUUCUAGUCAAUACCUUCAAAUUCGGCAUCAUAUACCAAAAAUAUGGACAGACUACCGAAGAAGAGUUGUUCGGUAAUCGAAGCCACAGUCCAGCUAUGGAUGAGUUUUUGGGUCUUCUUGGCAAUCGAAUAAAAUUAAAAGAUUUCAAAGGGGUCAGUGAAUCAAAUAAUUGGUUCCGUGGGGGCCUUGAUGCCAAUUACGGCCAAACUGGAGAACAGUCUGUCUAUACUCAAUUCCAAGAAUGUGAGGUUAUGUUUCAUGUAUCAACGUUGCUGCCUUACACUGAAGGAGAUGCUCAGCAGCUUCAAAGGAAACGCCACAUAGGAAACGACAUCGUGUCUAUUGUGUUCCAAGAAAGUGACUGCACCCCCUUUCUACCCUCUAUGAUUGCUUCCCACUUUCUUCAUGCCUACAUAGUUGUUCAGCCAGUGGAACCAUUGACGCCACGGACAAGGUAUAAGAUUUCUGUGACUGCAAGGGAAGGUGUUCCACCCUUCGGGCCCAGCUUGCCCAACCCGGCCGUUUUUCCCAAAGGGGAAGUUUUUCGGGAAUUCCUGCUCACAAAGCUCAUCAAUGCUGAAAUUGCCUGCUACAAGGCAGAAAAGUUUUCAAAACUUGAAAAGCGUACUCGCAUGUCUCUGCUCCAAUCGCUGUACGACGAAGCCCGCCUCAAGACUCAGAACUUCAGCGGAGUCUCUUGCGACGGGGGCGCAGUCAAAGUGAGCGAGAUGAACGGAAACGGGGGCAGGUUCCUGGACUCCGUGAGAAAGGCGAUAACGGGGAGGGCGAGGAGCCUCUCGGUGGAAGCGAAUCUGGCCGCUUGUGCCGCCAACAAGCGCUCCUCUUCCGGCAUCGUCAACGGUGGCAUCGCCCCUGUAGAACCCGAUGUGGUGAGCAUGAACUCUUCGUUCUACGUAUCCAAAGUUCCUAAAGAAACAUUGCUCAAAAUAUCUUCUCCAAAUAGUAUUAGGAGUAGGGAGUUCCACAACAGGAGUCUGGACUCCCUGAACUCUGGUGGCAACACGCCCCCCUGGGUGAGAGCUCACAGCAGCGCAAGCAGUACCCCCAUCUCGAGUCCGGACACCCCACCCCCCAUCAAGCUGCUGGAGUCGGACUCCUUCAGCCUCAACAGUCUGGAGAUGGAGCAAAUCUCCGAUUCCAAAGAACAGAAUCCAGCUGCAGCCUGCUCAAACUGCUCACAGACAGAAGCUCUUGCAAAGCAACUGGAUGUCUUGAAGCAAGAAGUUAGUAAGCUGAAAAGUGACAAGUUAGAACUGAUAAAGCACAAUUUGGCAUGCCAGGGAGAGGUGAGAAAGCUGAAAGAAAAAGAAGUGAAACUGACCACAGAUUUGUCGCUGGCGAAAAGGGACAUGAAUCGCUUGCACCUCCAACUUGCCGGAGCAGGGGUGGACAGCCCCAUUUCUACCAUCUGA